AUGAUUUUGCCAAAUGGAGAAAUGGAGGUUGCCGAAGACAAUGGAGGAGUCAUGCGAGAUGCUUUAGUAGAGUUCUGGGAUUCUUUCUUUGAACAGUGUUGCCUCAGAAGAGUUUGCAAUUGCUUCCAUUCUCUAUUUCGGAUGGAAGUGGCAGAACUACUUCCCGUUAGCAUAGCAAAGUCUUUUAUGGCGUGUUGCAUUUAUGGCAUGGAUAUAUUUUCAACAACAAAAGAAUCCCUUAUACCUGAAUACCUUUCCUUCCUUCCAUGUUCAGAGGCUGGCAUACUCAAGGCAUCCUUGGAAGGUCAUUUUGAGGAGGAGGACGUUAUUGAUGUCCUCAUUGUCCAUGAAUGUAGAGUUCUGCCCACAAAGGAAACUCUCAAGAGGUUGAUUGGCGAGAUAGCACACAAGGAGAUGGUUCAGCAGCCAAUGUAUGUAAAAGGAGCAUGGUUCGAUAAAAUGACUUUGUUGGGGUUCAGUCUUGGAGAAACAUCCCUUGAUUCACUGUAUGACUCCCUCAGGCCAAACAAUCGGAAAGUGAUGAAGAUGCUUUCAUUUCCAGACGACAUGUCCUUGCAACAGAAAAGUACAUCGGAGUUCCUCAGAAAAUAUGUCCGUGAACUGGAAAAAGAUGAUCUCUCCCAGUUUCUCAGGUUCUGCACUGGGGCCAACUUGUGUAUCACAGAUGGUUAUGGUCACCAAAAGCCAAUCUACAUUCGUUUCACAACACUAUCAGGUCUGGCAAGGAGGCCAGUUGCUCACACUUGUGGACAGGUACUUGAGCUACCUGGCCAAUACGACAACUUCCUUGACUUCAGGAAGGACUUCAACACGAUCCUCGAGAGCGGUGUGUGGGUGAUGGAUUUUGUUUAG